GCUGUAUUGCUAUUUUCCCUGUUUUCCUCCAGGAUCCUAAAAUAAAAUGCCUAAUCCCACCCCUCUUAUUUCGCUCCCACCAUUCAUAGUGGAAACUAAAAUUAGUCACUCAAUCCUCUCUACUUCUUUUAAUCGUUCACCAAAACCAAAAAAAGAUUAAAUCAUGUCCAGCAGUAACCAACCAUGGAUCCAAUCCAGAAAGUUUUCAACCAAUUCGACAAAAACAAGGACGGCAAGAUCUCUGUAUCGGAGCUCGACGAGGUUUUGAAAGCGUUGGGUUGCUCCUCCCCUGAGGAGGAAAUCAAACGUGUCAUGGAAGAACUCGACGUCGACAAAGACGGAUUCAUCAACCUCUCCGAGUUCAUCAACCUCUGUAGUUCCUCUUUCGACACCGCCAACGCUGAAACGGAGCUUCAUGAGGCCUUCGAUUUGUAUGAUCAGGAUAAGAACGGCUUGAUCUCGGCGGAAGAGUUGCAUCUGGUUUUGAAUCGGUUGGGGAUGACGUGUUCGGUUGAGAAAGCUGUUAAGAUGGUCGCUAGUGUUGAUGCGGAUCAUGAUGGGAAUAUUAAUUUCGAGGAGUUCCGGAAGAUGAUGAGUGAUUCGAAGGCGGGUAAUGAGGAAUGAAUCGAAGCCGUAGGAUUGCAAGUUUUUUGGACAGUUAUUUGUUGAUUCAAACGACGUGAAUGAAACAAAGGUAUUGUUUAUAGGUUGUUUGGAGUAUUAAUUACGAAUGUUGACAAUAACUAUAUGGAAUUUGCUGUACUUGAUGGAUUCUGAGUUCCAUGGAAUGAAAUUUUAAAUUGGAUUGGUAGCAA